CUGCCUGCCCCCCGCCUGGUACCUAGCGGGCACCGCCGGCCCUCAGCUCUCCUCUGGAGAAGAGACCCGCGGACGCCAUGGGCUGCUGCAGCUGCACCGCACAGAACUCCAAACGAGAGUGGAAACCUCUGGAGGACCACAGUUGUACAGAUGUACCAUGGCUGCUCCUGUUCAUCCUCUUCCAUAUGGGAAUGGGUUUUAUCUGUGGUUUUUCAAUAGCUACAGGAGCAGCUGCAAGACUGCUUUUAGGAUAUGACAGUUAUGGAAAUAUCUGUGGACAAAAAAAUGUCAAGGUGGAGGGAAUAGUCAACAGUGGUCUGGACCUCACACAGAAGAAUUCUUGUAGAGAAAGGGAGGACUUUCAGCUCUACAACUGUGGUUCUGGAAAUCUGAAGUUAUUUUCAUUUAGUUCUGCUGGCAGGCUGGCCCAUAUGCCAGAGGAACAUUUCUAGGUGUGUACCCAAGCGACUGGCUCCCUAAGGACCGUGUUGCUCCAAGACCAGCGAGUGUGGUUGUGAAUAUGCAUCCACAUAACCAUCCUGGAGAGCACUGGCUAUCAAUUUUCCUGGCAGAUCAGAACCAUGCAGAGUUUUUUGACUCCUACAGCUAUGUCCUAAACAGCGCCCUCUUUCCUGAAAGCAUCAUGUCCUUUUUAAAAUUCAAUGCUAUGGAUAUCGCUUUCUAGGGCAAGCAACUGCAGCAUUCCAUCUCUAUAGCCUGUGGAUACGAAUGAGUCCUCUUCCUACGUGACCAUAACAAAGGACUACCUUUUGAACAGCUUUUAAAACUGUAUUCUAAUUUUUUAGUACAAAAUGACCAGAUGGUGAUGCAUUUUGUAAAAACUGCAUAUGGAGCUUUUCCCUGUGACCAGGGCUACUCAAAAUAGCUUUCAAAAGACCCAGACCUGCAUAUCUUGUAAUAACUUUCAUAAAUGUAUUAU